AUGAUCUCUAAAGUUCAAAAUCAACCGCCUUUCCCUGAUGGCACUUCUGCCGCCACCUUUCCUCCACCAGAAGCCGCGGAGCAACCGUAUAGCAUCUUUGAUAAGCGACAGAAAGCCCUAAUCGUCGUUAUAAUUUCUGUCGCUGCAACAUGCAUAGCGCCAAGCUUGUGGGGCCCCAUCUCGGAUGUGAAGGGGCGCCGGAUCACGUACUGUUGCACCUUUGUGGUCUUUCUCGGCGCCUGCAUUGGCCUGGGAGAGGCCAAGAGCUAUGCUGCGGUGCUCGUGUUACGAUGCCUCCAGAGCACGGGCAGCGCGAGCACCAUCGCCAUCGGCUCGGGCGUGAUUGGAGAUAUCACGACACGUGAUGAGCGUGGCGGCUUCAUGGGCAUCUUCCAAGCAGGAUUGCUCGUGCCUGUGGCUGUGGGACCGAUCAUCGGGGGCGCGCUGGCGGACUGUUUGGGAUGGAGGGCCAUCUUUUGGUUCUUGGCCAUCUACAGCGGUGUUUUCGUCGUGUCCUUGAUUCUCUUGAUGCCCGAGACACUGAGGUCGGUUGUUGGCAAUGGGAGCCGGAUUCCGUCAAACCCUAUCGCCCGGUAUCCGCUUGUCGUCUACCAAAGAACUAGCCGCAUCAAAUGGGACGUCGCCACCGAGCCCGCGGCAAGAAAACGCAUCGACCUUGUCGGUCCCUUUCGGAUUCUUGUCAGCAAACAAGCCGCGCCCGUCAUCGUCUUUCUCGCUGUUUAUUACGCUGUUUGGCAGAUGAGCAUCACGGCCAUGUCCACUCUCCUUGAGGACCGGUAUGGGCUUGGGGAAACCGAAAUUGGUCUUAGCUUCAUCGCCAAUGGUGUGGGAUCCAUGGUUGGGACGCUGGUCAUGGGAAAGGUCCUUGACAAUGACUAUCGCCGCAUCAAAGCCCGGUAUGAGUCUCGGUCAAACUCGGCCCCUAACGCCAACAUUGAUGGUGACGACUCGGACGGCAAUGAUUUCCCCCUCGAAAAGGCGCGUCUGCGCCUGGUCCCGAUCUUUGCCCUCCUACAGUGCGCAUCCAUCACUUUGUUUGGCUGGACCAUCCAGUACCCGCAAAAGGUGCACAUGGCGGUACCGAUUGUGUCCACCUUCAUCACGGGCUGGACGGCCAUCGCCACCCAAUCCGUCAUCAUGACCUACCUUGUCGAUGUGUUCCACGACCGCAGCGCAGCCGCCAGUGCGAGCCUGAACCUCGCCCGGUGCCUGUUCGCCGCCGCCGGUACGAGCUCCGUGAUGCCCAUGGUCAAUGCCCUUGGCGUCGGGCUAGCCUUCACCGUCUGCGUCGUGGCUCAGCUCGUCGCGCUGCUGGGGCUGGCGGUGCAGUGGAGAUUCGGCGCUAGAUGGAGGAGAGAGGUUGAGAGACGGAGAUAG